AUGGAGCAAACUCCCGGCAACUUCCUCCUUCAAGUGCCCAGUUUGAAUGGGAGAGUCAACGCUGUCGUCGACAAAUGGCUCAAACUGGCAGAAGUGAGUUGCGAAGAUUCAGCAAGUCUGAAUCUGAAUCAUGAGAUCUACAAGAGAGCGCUAAAUGCGACUGAGGAAGAGGAGCUUGAUAAGGCGGACAAGAGAAUCGCUAAAUACACGAAAAUGAAGGCGGAACAAUCUAGAUCCUCGAGUUGGCUCAGAUCGGCAAGGGAAUUCGAUCUAAAUCAGACUCAUCCAGCGGAGGUCGGAGAAAUCGACUUUUCGAAGCAUGAACCCUUCGGGAGAGUGGACUGGAAAUCCGAACGGUUUGAGUUAUUGAACUUUUGCGCGGCGAAUGUACCGGACGAAAUCGGCAAGAAAAAGGAGAUCGACUGCGGCAACAAUCGGGAGAGGACCAUUUGUCUGCAGGAGACCAUUCUAGCCGACGAAACUUGCGACCUUGAACAGACAAUUGCCGAUUUCCAAGCGAGCGAGUUCAAUAUUCCGAAAAAAUACAAAUCGCAUAUUGAGUCCUUUGCGCAGCACAUCGGCGAUAGAGCAAGCAAGAUUGUUCCCCCUCCACACAGCGCUAGAAUUCAGGAUCCCGAGAAGACAGUUUACGAUUUCAACAAAUCCGUAAUCGACGUAAUCGAGCGACAAGACUAUCUCUACUCCGAAAGCGAUUCUUCAGACAGCGAAACUGAUUAUCUCUCAUCCGAGGAGGAGUCGAUCUCAAAACAACUCGAGAAGCUCAACUUUCAGUCGCGAUCCAAAUCUCAGCCGCCUGAUUCUCGCCGGAAGCUGCCAGUUAUUGGCAAAUCAGGAGAAUUAAUUGGUUACAAGUCAACACCAAGUAAAAUGAAGGAGCAGUCCCGGUCGAGGUCCGCGAAUCGACUCGCUGAAGAGAACAAGGAGAACAUAUCUGACGACGAGAUCGAAAUUAACCCGCGCCGUGUCUGGAAAAAUCAGCUGCCGAUUCCGCGGCUUGGUCGAACUCCUCAGAAAGCGUUUCGCUCUUACAGCGCUUCAGACUAUUCUUAUCAGUCUCGAACAACUCCGCGGUACAAGAGAAGUGACGGAACGCAGAUUUUCUCAAUCACAGAACAAGGGAACCGGACUCGACAGAUGAUUGACGAACGAAUAUGCAGUUAUCUGUGUUCUCCUGCUUCCAAGGCGCUCUCUAAUAGGAACAAGCGGGUCUGCCAGAAUUUGAAUCGGUCCUUCGCCGGCUUCAGCCGCUCUUCUUCUUUUAAAGAUGAGUUUUAA